AUGUCGUCGCUCUCCAAAACUCGUCUUCAAGAGGAAAGAAAGCAAUGGCGGAAAGAUCACCCAUUUGGAUUCUAUGCCAAACCUAUAAGAGAUAAAGAUGGAGGUCUUGAUUUAUCUCAAUGGACCGCUGGUAUACCUGGUAAAACUGAUACUAUUUGGGCAGGGGCUACAUAUCCUAUAACUAUUACAUUUCCAGAAGAAUAUCCUUCCAAACCUCCUAAGAUUAAAUUUCCUGAGCAUUUCUAUCAUCCUAAUGUAUACCCUAGUGGGACCAUUUGUUUAAGUAUAUUGAAUGAAGAACAAGAUUGGCGUCCGGCAAUAACGUUGAAACAAAUUGUAUUGGGGAUUCAGGAACUAUUAACUAAUCCCAAUCCCGAAUCACCUGCUCAAGAGCCAGCUUGGAAAGCGUAUCAAAAGGAUAGAGCUACGUAUAUCAAGAAGGUGAAGGAACAGGCAAAGAAGUAUGUAAAUACUGUGUAA